AUGCAGGUGGUGUCCGGUUUACUUCGGCGUGUGCCGUGGAUCUUCGCUCGCAGUAGGAGAUCUGCAUCGUACCUCGUACUCGUAGUGCUCGUCGCAACACUCGCAUCGGUACACAUCUGGGGCUCGCCGAAUAAGCGGUCUUAUUUACGAAGGAACGUUUUGGAACCUGUGAUUGUUCCCUCGAGAACAGAUCUUUUGGAGGCAAGAAUCGGGAAACGUUCGUUCAAAAGUACUCGUGAUUACUCGCGUAUACCUUUCUUCAGAAAGCAAGACAUCACCGCAUACGUGUUCAAUACGGAGGAUAUAGUUUACGAGGACUGCGCCGAGGUUCAAUAUAACAACCUGAUCGAAUCGCACGUCGAGGACAGUGAUGUGCAGAUUGACUUGGCAAAAGUGAGACAAAUGCUGAUAAGCAAGUCCGACUACUGGCACAAGUUGUUUACCGCCAGCGACGAGGAACAAUGGUCAGUGAACCACGUUGUUAGGAAAAGAUGGUUUGCAUUCGGAACUUCAGCAGUAUGGUACCCGGAGGGCGACUGCUACCUAGUCUACACAAGAGUCAUUUACUCUGAUGCAGGUAUCAAGGACAAACCAAAUAUCUCAGUCGUGUACGCACAGGCAUACGAUAAAGACUGGAACGAGCUCAUCGGUAAAAAAUUCAAUUAUUACGACGUAAAAAUGCCCGAGUAUGUGCAAGAAGAACUGGACUCGCUUUGGGGGUUCAUCGCAGACUUGCAAUGCGAGGAAUACAAGAACAACCCAGAACAGUACAACAGGUGCUCAAAGGAAAACCAACCUCGGAUCAAGGAAACACAACUGAGAAUCAACGAAAUAGAGGCUCACUAUUCAAUAACUUACCCAACCGUUCUAGACAUAGACUUCAUCGUGCAUGGACUUUUCAGCGGGCCAGAGGACCCUCGUGCGUUUCUGAUGGGCGCACCGGGUAAAAUCCAAGAACCAAUCCUUGUGUUCAACAUGCAGGCCACGGAACACCGCCGCAUGCACAGUUUUAGGCCACACAGGAGAAAUAACGCCCUUAUCGAGUACAGUCGGACGGACGGUGAACUUAGAAACCAGGAGAAAAAUUGGGCCCCAUUCUUCCAUUACAGGCAGGACGAAAAAAUAGACUUCCCAGAUGAACAAAUAUAUUUCAUCCAUGAUUUUACACCUAUGAAUGUGCUAAGGUGCUCCUUGUUCGAUGGAUCCUGCGUGGUAGCAUUUGACGAAGAGCCAGCGAAGAAGGAUAAACUAAGUCUUAUCAGAGGCGGGACGCAAUACAUUCGUUUCCCAUCCAUAAUCCCAGAAGUCAAAGAUUGGCAAAUGUGGGUCGGAUUCGCAAAGUCACAUAUUCCUCCCUGUGGCUGCGGAGGCAAUUUUUAUAGACCGCAACUGUCUCUCCUUGUUGAAUCCGAAGGUAAAUAUCACUUGGAAUUUCUUACACCGACUUUGGAUUUUGGCAUCGACGUGCUGAACUGGAGCGGUGAUGGAAGUAAAUGUGACGGCCAUAACGUUUUAAAUCCAAACACUAUAUCCAACUGGGAAGUUGUCGGUCAGGAUGAGGCCACUGGGUUGUACGAGGACUAUUUAACUUUGACGAUCAGUGAAGCGGACAUCAAAUCAAGUUUCGUCACUGUUCGUGGUGUUCUAAACUAUGUUCUUGGUGUCUACGGUAAGAAAGAGAUCAAGGACACUUACAAUGUUGAUUCCAAAACCUUAGAAGUCAACAAGUUUACCGCGUCAUGUAUCGGUGUCUCUGCCCAACUCUUCUGUAAAGAAUACGGUGAAUCCCAUUAG